AUGGCGACGAUAAAGUCUCUAAGCCUACUGGGUCAAUUGAACAAAUUAUCAUACGUAAACAGGCAUUUUUCCACAACUAAAUUAACAGCGGCGAAGCAAAUGACCGUGAGGGACUCCCUAAACUCGGCCAUGGACGAGGAAAUGGAACGGGACGAUAAGGUGUUCAUAAUGGGCGAGGAGGUGGCCCAAUACGAUGGGGCCUACAAGGUAACGAGAGGCCUGUGGAAGAAGUACGGCGAUAAAAGAGUCAUCGAUACGCCUAUAACAGAAAUGGGAUUCGCCGGUAUCGCAACGGGGGCGGCCAUGGCUGGCCUUCGACCGAUUUGCGAGUUCAUGACGUUCAAUUUCGCCAUGCAGGCCAUCGAUCACAUCAUCAAUUCGGCCGCAAAGACUUUCUACAUGUCCGCCGGCAGGGUGAACGUACCGAUCGUUUUUCGAGGCCCCAACGGGGCCGCCUCGGGCGUGGCUGCGCAGCAUUCGCAGUGCUUCGCGGCUUGGUACACCCACGUUCCCGGAUUGAAAGUGAUAUCUCCGUACAAUUCUGAAGAUUGCAAAGGUUUGUUGAAAGCGGCUAUCCGGGAUCCGGAUCCGGUGGUGUUCUUGGAGAACGAGUUGUUGUACGGCGUGCAGUACCCGAUGUCCGAUGAGGCUUUGAGUAAAGACUUUGUGUUGCCCAUCGGUAAAGCGAAAAUCGAAAAACCAGGUAAACAUAUUACGCUGGUCGCGCAUUCGAAAGCCGUGGAAUUGUGCCUGGAAGCCGCCAAGGAGUUGUCCGGCAAAGGGAUCGAAGCCGAAGUGAUAAACCUCAGGACGCUCAGACCUUUAGAUGUAGACACGAUAGCGAAGUCAGUCAGUAAAACGAACCAUCUCAUAUCCGUCGAACAAGGUUGGCCCUCUUGCGGUAUCGGUGCGGAAAUCCUAGCCAGGAUUAUGGAGAGCGAGACGUUCUUCCAUCUGGAUCAGCCGGCCAUUCGAUUGACCGGCGCCGAUGUUCCUAUGCCUUAUGCCAAAUCUUUAGAAGCUGCCGCUAUACCUGUAGCCAAGGAUAUCGUCGAGGCGGUAAAGAAAUUGUUGAAAGUUAAAUAG